UCCUAGCAUCAGAUGCUACCGUCCAGCUAACCCUCAGCAUAACGGCAUUACGAUGCUAACGAUUGAUAACCAUUGACAACCAUUAGCAUCACGUUCAAAAAAGGGAUUUUACUCGUUUUUUCUCACUCGGACAAGGCGCCGCAGACUCACGCCCUGUUUGACAACACUCCAAACCAGGAGCGUGAUGCCAUGUAUCGGCUGUCCUGAAGGAUAAACUUUGGAGACUUCACGUGGCGAUGGAUUCACACUUCACUGCUUAGCUGGAGUCUUUGAGUUUACGAGACCAACUGCCAGAUGACCGGUGGACCUCGUCAUGAAGCCCAUCAGCUAUCAAAGCAUGCCAUCUUCUGUGCACGGUGGACAUCCCACCGUGGACCACGUAUUGAGCACUUCAAAAGUGAUGUACUGUGAGAAGUGUGGCUUUGCUUCGACAGACGCCACAGUCUUUAACAAGCAUGUGAUGGAGCAUGCAGGGACACGAUUUUACUGUUUUUAUUGUAAUAAAGUCUCCUUCAGUGAGGCUGAAUUGAAUGCGCACUUGAAGCAACACACAUCGAAGUAUCCAUUCAUAUGUCCUCACUGUGGACAAGGCUACAUGAGGAGACUGUGCCUUGUGAAGCAUAUCGACCGCUUGCAUAGCAAAAUCAUCAGUCAAGGACCUCCUAAGCCUGGGAUGACAAAAGCGCCACUGGUCCCCGUCUGCAGUGCCUUAACAAGUACGUCCACUGCUGAUUCAGCACCACUUCGGCCGCUGGUCCGAGUGUCGGUGCCCCCACCAAGUAUACCCGCUGUCAGACUGGGGAAAGAUGAGCAGAGGGGGAAAACUAUGGACACAAAUGUAUCGCAUGUCGCUAACGGCAUUUCAGAACGUUCCCCCUUCAACGGACUCAUUCAGCACAACAGGGCUCUGACAGUUUCUCUGCCGGAAGAAGUGUCAAUCCCUGCUGGCUGCCUGGUGGAGCUUGUUGAGGUAAAAACUGUCAAUGGGACAAAGGAGUUAAAGCUCCGGCUCGUCUCUCAACAAGAAAACGAGUCUGUUAUCAAAGACACAAGGACCAUGGUCCCUCAGAACCUGGCUUUGGGAAAGCCAUUGUCCUCCACAGUGAAUCAUCCAAACACAGCGAGGUCUAACAGUAUGGGCACGUGCAUAGUCAACAGGAAACAAUGUGAACAGAAAGCUGUGACUGUUGAGCACCCAGCUCCAGCUCCAGUGAGCAUUUCCAACAGCCUCCCGAACACUGUCAUCAAAGAAAAGUGUGGUUUAAAAAGACCGACACAAGAAAUAAUCAACUUGGACUCAAGCCCAAUCCUAAACAAGAUUCAAAAAACUAUCCUCAACCCUGUAAGAGAAGGCAACAGUGGCACCAGACUGCCACCAGCACCCGUCAGCCCCAAGGCAAUGCCAUCAACAGUCGCCCCCCGGGGAGUUAUCAGUAUGUUGAAUAGCACGAUGCAUCCGGACAGCAAAGUUACUGGUGUCUCUCCGAGAGUGGUGGAGGAGAGGAAGCUGGGGCGUCCGGAGCUUUUCCUCAAUAUUCCACCCAGGAGGACAAGCGACCCCAAAAACAUUCGGGAUGUGUCGGUGGCUGUGAAGGUGGAGCCCGGGGUGAGCCACCUCAAGAGCAGCGCGGUUCCCAAAACCAUGAAAGAGUCUGUGUCAAUGACCCCGCAGUGUUUAAAACCAGCGCCUCCCUCUGUGAGCGUUCCAGUAGUCACAGCUGCUCAAAUUAGACCGCCAGCGGUUUCACUCAGUAAGGAUACUGUAGUCAACAAACCUUUCUCAUUAUCCAGGACUCCUAACAUCCCCUUAUCAAUCAAAACGGAUUUCCUCUCGAACUACAAAACGUCAGAAAUCUUUUCACGGUCUCAGGACGUCAGAUUUAAUGAGAUGAGAAAACCGGAGAGUUUUCCAGUCAUCUCGUCUGUGUUUUCAUUAAGCCAACAGCCAGAGGAUGAUCAAGGUCCCAUUAAGCCACUUGUCAUGGCUUUACGGGGAAUUGUGAUGGAUAAAAAUCUGGGUUCUGCCAGCGCAACUCAAAAUGAGGCUAAGAUGCCAAGGAUCACAGAGGAGAUCAACAAAGCCCCGUUAACUGGCCGCUGUGCUCAGGUGGACACAAAGAACGAACCCCUCACCCACGACCUGACGCUGACUGAGCAGAUAAAUGACUCUGUGAAAGAAAAAGACUCUGUGAAAGAAGAGAAGCCAGACAAGGGAGAUCAGCAGCCUUCUGCACCGACCCCCGAGGACACCUGCGUCAACGAGGAACAGAACCACUCUCUACCCGACGCUAUCAAAAGCAGCGAGUCUACUGAUUCAAAAUCAAACACAGAUGAGGAAUCUCAAAUUUCCUCGUGUGCAGAGGCUUCUCCCAACCCGGACCCUCCUCAGCAAGAAGUCAGAACUGAGCAAGGCAUCUCUUCAAAGUAUUUGACAGUCUCUCUGAAAAGGGUACAAGUUGGCGUGUGGAAAAAAUGCAAGAAGAGGCUAAAACUGAGAAUAUCCAGAUAUAAGACUCGGGUACCUGUGGGUGACAGCUGGACAGUCAUUUACCCGACGCCGCUGAAGCUGGACCAGCUCGUAAAACAGCCGGGUCCAAACCAGCCGGUGGUGGUGCUCAACCAUCCAAAGCCACGCCUCCCUCCACGGGGACUGAGAACUGAAGGCUCUCAGGUGGUUCCAGAGUACCAUAUCUUAAAAAUGAGACUGAGCAAAGUGAUGGGGCGGAAGUAUAAGGUGAUUGGGUACACUGUCAGAUUCCUUUCAUGAAUGUAUUAAUUACUGUAUCUAAACAAACAUGUACAGUUUUGAGAGAACGGUUAGUAUUCCACCUGGACAAUGGUAGUUAUCAAAAUAUCAAGACCGUUUUUUUUUUUUUAAGUGAAGCAUUAAAUGGAUGUUAUAAACAUCUGAGUAUUGCAGAACGCUGUCUUUUAUGUAUUAUACGAUAAUUCCAUGAUAUGUUUCAUGAAAAAUGGGUGGGCCCUCUGCUAUAACCUGCACUUAGUAAUACAGGUGUUAAAUACUGUUCCAGAAAUAAAAAAAAAAUAAA